GCCACGUGUCCCGUGCCACGGUGAGCCCAGUCUGCGCUGCGGCUGCUGCUAGGCUAACGGGCUUCGAGCUGCGUCUAUCUCUCGCCCUUAUCCAAGGCCUCCUCCGCACGUGGUUUCUGCUGCAGAACCCCAAGACCAUGGCCAAAACAGGACAGAGUGCCAUGUACCGAGGCUCCGUCCAUGACUUCCCAGACUUUGAUCCAAAUCAGGAUGCCGAAGCUUUGUACACAGCCAUGAAGGGCUUUGGCAGUGACAAAGAGUCCAUACUGGAGCUGAUCACCUCCCGCAGCAACAAGCAGAGGCAGGAAAUCAGCCAGAGUUACAAGUCCCUCUAUGGCAAGGACCUCAUUGCAGACUUGAAGUAUGAGUUGACGGGGAAGUUUGAGCGACUGAUUGUGAACCUGAUGAGGCCGCUUGCCUAUUGCGAUGCCAAAGAAAUUAAAGACGCCAUCUCGGGCAUUGGCACAGAUGAGAAGUGCCUCAUUGAGAUUUUGGCUUCCCGGACCAAUGAGCAGAUGCACCAACUGGUGGCUGCAUACAAAGAUGCCUAUGAACGAGAUCUGGAGUCUGACAUCAUGGGAGACACUUCAGGCCAUUUUCAGAAGAUGCUGGUGGUACUGCUCCAGGGAACCCGAGAGAAUGACGAUGUUGUGAGCGAGGACUUGGUGCAACAGGAUGUCCAGGACCUGUACGAAGCGGGGGAGCUGAAAUGGGGAACAGACGAGGCUCAGUUCAUUUAUAUCUUGGGAAAUCGCAGCAAACAGCACCUCCGCCUGGUGUUUGAUGAGUAUCUGAAGACCACGGGGAAGCCAAUUGAAGCCAGUAUCCGAGGGGAGCUGUCUGGAGACUUUGAGAAGCUGAUGUUAGCCGUAGUUAAGUGCAUCCGCAGUACCCCGGAAUAUUUUGCUGAUAGGCUAUUCAAGGCCAUGAAGGGCCUGGGGACUCGAGACAACACCCUGAUCCGCAUUAUGGUCUCCAGGAGUGAGCUGGACAUGCUUGACAUUCGGGAGAUCUUCCGUACUAAGUACGAGAAGUCCCUAUACAACAUGAUCAAGAAUGAUACCUCUGGUGAAUACAAGAAGGCUCUGCUGAAGCUGUGUGGAGGAGAUGAUGAUGCGGCUGGCCAGUUUUUCCCGGAGGCAGCACAGGUGGCCUAUCAGAUGUGGGAACUUAGUGCAGUGGCCCGAGUCGAGCUGCGGGGUACCGUGUGUGCAGCCAAUGAUUUCAAUCCGGAUGCUGAUGCCAAGGCCCUGCGGAAAGCCAUGAAGGGGAUUGGAACUGACGAGGCCACCAUCAUCGACAUCAUCACACACCGUAGCAACGCCCAGCGGCAGCAGAUCCAACAGACCUUCAAAUCUCACUUUGGCCGGGAUUUAAUGGCCGACCUGAAGUCCGAGAUCUCUGGAGAUUUGGCAAGGCUGAUCCUGGGGCUCAUGAUGCCACCAGCCCAUUAUGAUGCUAAGCAGCUGAAGAAAGCUAUGGAGGGAGCUGGCACGGAUGAAAAGACUCUUAUUGAAAUCCUGGCUACUCGGACCAAUGCCGAAAUCCGGGCCAUCAAUGAGGCCUACAAGGAGGAUUAUCACAAAUCCCUGGAGGAUGCCCUGAGCUCAGACACAUCUGGCCACUUCAGAAGAAUACUCAUUUCUCUGGCCACGGGGAAUCGCGAGGAAGGAGGAGAAAACCGAGACCAGGCCCGGGAAGAUGCUCAGGUUGCUGCUGAGAUCUUGGAAAUAGCUGACACUCCCAGUGGAGACAAAACUUCCUUGGAGACUCGCUUCAUGACGGUCCUGUGCACUCGCAGCUAUCCCCACCUCCGCAGAGUCUUCCAGGAGUUCAUCAAGAUGACCAACUAUGACAUAGAGCACGUCAUCAAGAAGGAGAUGUCUGGGGAUGUCAAGGAUGCAUUUGUGGCUAUCGUUCAGAGUGUCAAGAACAAGCCUCUCUUCUUUGCUGAUAAACUGUACAAGUCCAUGAAGGGUGCUGGCACAGAUGAGAAGACCCUCACCAGGGUGAUGAUCUCCCGGAGCGAGAUAGAUCUGCUCAACAUUCGGAGGGAAUUCAUUGAGAAAUAUGACAAGUCUCUACACCAGGCCAUUGAGGAUGACACUUCUGGAGACUUCCUGAAGGCUUUACUAGCUCUCUGUGGCGGAGAGGAUUAGAGCAACUGGUCUUGGUGGCCCCUCUGCCAAGCAGUGGCCAGCAGCACCAGCCGCCGUGACCUGACCAAGCCAUUGUUCCAGCUUCAGAGACUAAGAAGGAGGAGUGAGGAGUGGAGUUAAGCUGUCAUUCAGCUGGGGCUCUCUUUAGCCAUCGAGGGUCCCAGGCUGUCCCUUCUGUUAUCCCUCCUGCUCAUGGCCGAGUGGCUGGAGAACCACAGCCACAUGUCACAUUCACCCCUGCUCCCCUUCUACCUCCCCCUCAGCCCUCCCUCGCUUCCAUCCCCCGACAUAACCCCUACCCCGAUUCAAGCUUUGUCACAUCUCAAAACAUACCAAGCCUCUGGCUAUAAAA